AUGGAUCACAGCAUGCUGUACGAACUGGACCCAGUGUGUGGAUCAACAGCCAGCACUCACAACAGCGCUGUCACUGCGCUUCGACUGUUGCGAAGCUAUAACCAUUUUGUGGUACCACCUGAUGCCCGUGGUAUGGUCCCGCUGCUUGCGUCUCUACCGCCGCCAUGUCUGCCGUCCUACUGCCAGCACUUACCACUUUGCUCACCGCUAUCUACAAAUGGUAUCCCGAGCUUGACCCCCUGCGACGAGUCGCGCCGGAGAGGAGAGAAGAGGCCCAUACCCUCGGAGAUGAAGGACGAGAAGUACUUCGAGAGGCGGAGGAGGAACAACCAGGCUGCCAAGAAGUCCAGAGAUGCGAGACGCAUGAGAGAAGACCAGUCGGUUAUUUUUUCUUUUCAGAUAGCAUGGCGCGCUUGCCUCCUGGAGCAAGAGAACGCAUCUCUCCGUGCGCACGUCAACGCAUUGCGUCAAGAGACUCUUGCGUUGCGUGCGUUACUGGCCGCGAGGGAUGAGGCGCCCGCACCUACCUCUACAACUGUCGACUAGAAUACAAAAUCUGUUAUAACGACAUAUG